AUGUACGCCUCCUCCGCCGUCCGCGCCCGUCUGGCCACCGUCGCUGCCCGUCGUGGCUUCUCCACCACUCGCACCCAGCUCGGCAGCCCCUACCACUACGCCGAGGGUCCCCGUACCAAUAUCCCCUUCAACCCUCUGACCAAGCACUUUUUCUGGAGAUACUGGGCCUUCAUGGUUGCCGGUUUCGGUGCUCCCUUCGGUAUUGCCGUCUGGCAAACCUACAAGACCAAAUAA